CGAGAGCUAAUUCAAACUGCCUUUCACACUCCACUCUCUCCCUUCUCCGAGGGCGCGAUUGCUCCGCCUCUUCCGAUCUCCACGUGCUCCCUCCUCCACUCUCCGGAACCCUAGCGGGAGGAGAAGCUAGGGUUUCGGAGAAGAAGCGAUCGGAUCGUGCUACCACGUUGUAAGCGAUUCUCAUCCUUAGGGCUUCUUCGACCUCUUCUCUCCGUCUCAGCGAGGCCAUGGCUAGGGUUUGCUAUCACCGUUUCCAUAGCAGGAGAUAGGCGACGCACUUUGAUGUUUCUGAGGCGAAUUCCUUCGUAGAGCGUCCAUGAUGCAGAAAUUAGGAUUUUCCGGUAUGAAGAACUUGGAUCACUUCAGAUCCAGUGGCGGAUCUCUCGCUGGAGCUGGGAAAACAGCUCAAAUCUCAAAUCUGAAACCUUCGUCGGAUUCAAUGUCCUAUGGGAGCUUCGCGAAUCUAAAGCUCACUGCAGAGAAGCUGGUUAAAGAGCAAGCUUCAGUGAAAACUGAUCUUGAAAUGGCGCACACAAAGCUGGGGAGAGCAACAGAACAGAUUCACAUACUAGAGGCCAAAUUACAGCAAGCAGUCAACGAGAAUGCCAAGCUUAAAGUGAAGCAAACAGAAGAUUCAAAGCUUUGGCAGGGAUUGGAUUCAAAAUUCUCCUCAACAAAGACGAUGUGUGAUCAACUAACAGAAACUUUACAACAGUUAGCUUGCCAGACUCGCAUAGCAGCUGAAGAGGACAAGAAAUUCUUAGAGGAAAGGCUCGACAACAAUUCAAAAGCUUUUGAUGAUCUUAAUUCCCUGUUGAAGGAUUUAUCUACAAAAUUGGAGUGUGCAGACAAAAAGAUCAGUGUUGGGAAACAGGAGAUGUUGGAACUUAAACACGAGAAAGAGGAAAUGGAGAAGGGUUUGAAAGAUCAGCUUCAUGCGACUGAUAUUGUCGUCAAGGAGAAAGAUUCUACAAUCAAGCAUCUAGAAGGGACCGUCGAAGAAAAUAAGGUGCACCUUCGGACUCUUGACUCCCAAUUGCGGCAAAUGGAACAUGAGUUGAAGCUAAAAGAAGAUACAUGCCUAUUGCUAAGAGCUACUCUGGAAAACUUGGAAAGUGAAAAAUAUGGUCUGCAGAGAAGCAAUCAAGAAUUUGUAGAGAAAAUUGACAUAUCAUGCAAGGCAUAUAAGGAGCUUGAAAAUGUGCUUCUCAGCCUAAUGGCAAAAAUAGUUGAACUAGAUAAAGAGAAUUUGAUUGUUUCAGGUCAUGUUUCUAAGCUGAUCUCUUCCUUUCAAACCUACAAUGAGUUGAUCCAAGAAGAGAAGAACCUGGCACUAAAGUCUGCUCAGGGCAAAUUUGAAAAUCUCCAGAAAGUAUACAUACAUUCCAUAUCGGAAAAUGAUGCCCUCAAAAUAGAAAUCGAGGAGCUUCACACCAAAGUAACAGAGCUACAGAAAGCUCAAGAAUUUGUUAUGGUACAACAUGCAGAAGAAUGCCGCUUAGCUGAAGAUAAGGUUCGAAGAUUGGAGUCUGAAGCUGCGGAAAUUGUCUCAAAGAAAGAUGAAGCAGAGGAGUUGGCUUCAGAGUUGCAAAAGAAAGUUGUAAAGUUAUCAGAAGAUUCUAAGCUAACUGAUAGUCAAAUGCAAGAGUUGUUACAGAAAAUUUCGAAGUUAGAAUCAGAGAACCAUGAUCUUCUAAACAAAGAGAAGUUGGUGUUACAAGAAAAAGCUCAGGAGAUAGAAUCCCUUCAUAGUGAGAUAACUAAGCGUGACCAGCAGGUUGAUGCACUAGAAAAUCAUGUCAACCAACUUCAUAUAGAUAUGGAUGAGAAGGAGCAGCUUAUUUUAAGUUCUGUAGAGAGAGAAAAGCAUUUAGAGGAGCAAAAGUCACAGAUUCAGGCUUCACUGAUGGCAGCUGAAUGCAAACUUGCUGAGGCAAAAAAACAGUAUGAUAUGAUGCUCGAGGGUAAACAGUUGGAGCUAUCCAAGCAUUUGAAGGAGUUGUCUCAGAGGAAUGAUCAGGCAAUCAAUGAUAUUCGGAAGAAAUAUGAGGUUGAGAAGGUGGAUAUUGUUAGUGCCGAAAAGGAAAAGGCAGAGAAACUCAUCAAAGAAAUGGAAAGAAAAUGUGAAGAAAAAAUAUCUGAAAAUAAAGAGGAGGCACAGCGGUACUUGAUGCAUGUUAAGGAGGAACAUGGUGCAAUGAUUAGUAGAAUUCAGCAGGAUCAUGAUGAGAAGGAAUCAAGACUUCGGUCCCAUCACACGGAAGAGCUGCAGCGGCUACAGCUUCAGACUGAAAAUGAAUUGAGGGAGAGAAUAUCAUCACUUAGAAAAGAGCAUGAAAUCCAAAUAAAAUCCUUGAAGCUAGAAUGUGAAGAUGACUGUAGAAAACUACAGGAAGAGUUGGAGCUUCAAAAGUCAAAGGAGGAAAAGCAACGAGCAUUACUUCAAUUGCAGUGGAAAGUAAUGGGUGAGAAUCAACAAGUUGACCAAGAAGUGAACUCUAAGAAUAAGAAGGAAUACUCUGUUUCCUCGAUAAAGAUGAGAGAUUCAUACGGUAGGAAAGAACGCCAGCUUGCAGUAAUCAGCCCUGAGAGUAGGAAGGAUGUAAAUUUGUCAGGAAUCAUGCGGACACCUAUAGCAAACAUACUGAAGAAAGUAGAGAAGGGGAGUGCAAGAAAUAUUCCAAAGCACAGCAAGAAGGUUACACGCCAUGAAUACGAAAUCGAGACAGCCAAUGGAAGAACAAUAACAAAACGCAGAAAGACAAAAAGCACUGUAAUGUUUGAGGAACCGGGCAUUCAAAAGACAACACAUACCAAGACACCUAAUGCUAGUGAGGAUGUUACGAAAAUCAGAAAGGUAGUUGGAGGGCCCCACCCGCAUCCUGCGAAUAUCGGCGACUUGUUCUCCGAGGGUUCUCUAAACCCUUACACUGACGACCCUUACGCAUUUGAUUAGAAGGUACUUUAAUCUUGAUUACAGUAAAAGUUUCUUCUAAUUUCCUUACAGUUCGUAAUCUUGAUUCUGCUGCAUAAAUCUAUAGAAAUAUAAUCUUGUCGAUAAGCAUCGUGAAGCGGUCUUCUACCGAAGGUGUACAUGAAGGGACGUAGGCCUAUUGUGGCCUUAUUGUGCAUAUAACACCAAAACUAACUUGUUGUGGGCGGAUGAAGAGGAUAUUACAUACUCAUUUCAAGCAUUAAAUGAUGUAAAGGGUAGGUGAGAAAACUCGCUAGUCUUGCACCUUAUAGUAGUUGAGCAAGAGGAGACUGGAAGAUGACCGUAUGGAAUUAAUUCAUACACCUAACCGAACCGUUUCUACCAGCCCCCCAUAUAUACAUUCCUAUAAUACAUCCAUCUCUGACUUGCUAGAAUGGUAGUACCACGAGCUUGCCAUCACAACCAAUGAACCAACCGUUCUUUUCUCUGCUAAAAUAAUAAUUUUUGAAAAUUAUUUUUAAUGGUUUGUACAUUGAAGGAAAUACCACUUUUGACUUUGUGUGAAAUCAUAAAUGUUAUACAUGAAUACUGAUUUGUUAACUUAAAGUACAUUUUUGAGUCGAGAAAAGAAAAUAGCGACCAGUGCAUCCUAUAUAUAGAUGUAAAUUUUAUAUCUAUUCAUCCUAAGCUUUAUAAAUUUCUUAUAAAUUUUUAGUAUUAAGAAAAAUGUUGAUGCGAUCAAUAAGAGAAUAAGAGAUUUUGGAUAAGUAAAGCGUCAUAUUUACAUCCUACAUAUAGGCGUAUGGGUAGCGUUGCUCUUUGAGUUAACCUAUGGGCUAUGGCCUUACUUGAAAAAGGAAAAAA